AGUAUUUUGUAGUAUUUGUAAGACGCGUUAUGGCUUCCCCAAAACUGGUCACACCUAAAUACGCCACCAAAGUGCAUUUUUUGAAUUAAAUCGCAUUUUGUUUGUAAAUAAGUCAAAAUGUCUGAAAAGAAUGCCGAACCAGACCCCGAGGACAUACAGGCUGCCUACAAUCGGCACAGCCAAAUUGUGCCCGAGGUGAAACGGGCCUACCAGGAAGCUAUUUCUAAAGUUUUUGCCGAUCUCAGUGCCGAGGAUCUGGCUCCCUUUGCUGCCAUUCACGCAGAGCACGGGGACACAUACUUGGCCACCGAUGAAUUGGUGGCUGCCAUGCGCCACAAAAUGACCGCCAUAUUGAGCAAGUUGAACCAGCACUUCUUCGACAGCAAUGAUGCAGAAAACAAGUUGGUUGUACUGGAAAUGCUCAAGGAGAAGUUCGCCCCCUACGAGGGCCACAACUGGAACGUCAACUGUCUGUCCCCGGAAGAAUACACGCGUCCGGUGCGCAUGCGCCUCUUGGAUUCCAGUAUCCGCGUGAUGGAGAGGGAACUGGCAGCACAGGAAAAGGCCAUUGAGGUUGCUGUGGCCAAAAGCAAAGUUAACCGAGAGCGCUUACAAAACAUUCAGAACGAACGCGUUAAAGCGAACGUCUCGAUGAAUCAGAAGAUAGCCCAGUACGCGGAAAUGGAGCCGAACCUAUUGCAACUCGAGCAGUCGAUCAAUGAUUCUUUUUUGCCACGAGGCUUCGAUCCACUAUAAUAAGAUAUUGUUUUGUUAAUAUAACUAUAACAUACAUAUAA